AUGAGGUACCCUGCGAGUGUGAGUACAAACUCCUGCGAUUUCAAGUUUGAAAUCGUCAACGCCGAUCUAGGUACAUCGCCUCGAAAUCUCCGACUGUCCAACCCCGUUGGGACAUGCAAGGACACAUUUCGACAACGAGCGAGCAUAUCAAAGGGCGAACAAGAAAACCCCGUACCAAUAUUCGAUGAGCGACAGAAUCGAUCAGUGACGAACAUCACAUCUGCUCAGAGACAUAUCUACUCCCAUCGAAGCAAAACCUUCCUAACCGCUCAUCUCACGGUAGGUACUGAGCACAUCUUCAACCCGUCUUGUCAACUUGCUCUCUGUGCCCAACACUGCAUCGAGCUGGUUCUGGCCUACACCGAACCGUCCAGGGUAUCUAGGGAGGAUAUGCACGCAAAUACACAUAUUCUUGACAUGCGCAUCCGAGACAGGAUUCGACAGGCUUGA